AUGGCAGCUACCGCGUCCAGCGUAGUCGUUCUCGACAGAGGAAACAACACAACAUGCACCAUUAACUUGCACGGUGCUACCGUGGUCUCUUGGAGGGUUAACAACCAGGAACAGUUGUUCGUCAGUAAACUGGCUGUUUUUGAUGGUCAGAAAUCGAUUCGAGGAGGCAUUCCAAUAGUUUUUCCUCAUUUUGGACCCUGGGCUUAUGGACCUCUUCAUGGUUUUGCCAUGACGUGCAGAUGGAAUGUUGAAAAACAACCUGAACCAUUAGACAAUGGUGACAUUGAAGCACUAUUUUCAUUAGUGGACAAUUCCGUUACAAAACAAAUGUGGAAUUAUAGUUUCAAAUUAGUGCUAAGAGUAAUAUUGAGAGAAAAAGAAUUACAAGUCAGCUUCAAUUUAUACAACUCAUCUCUAGAACCAUUUCAAUUUAACAUGCUUUUCCAUACAUAUCUAAAAGUACCAGAUGUCCGAAAAUGUAAUAUAUCUGGUCUUCAAGGAUGCAUGUACGUAGACAAGACCAAGGAAAAUGGUGUGUACCAAGAACCGAGAGAAAUGGUGACUGUUAAUCAUUGGACUGAUAGAAUCUAUCAAAAUACUCAACAGGAACAUGUGAUUUCAAAUGUUGUAUCCGGAAGAAAAAUGAAAAUGAUAAAAUACAAUAUGCCAGAUACAGUUGUAUGGAAUCCGUGGGAUGUAACAUCAAGUACAAUGAGUGACUUUGGUGAAGACGAAUACCCAAAUAUGAUAUGUGUUGAAGCUGGCAUAGUAAUCAAUCCAAUAACAUUGAAUCCCAAUAACACAUAUGAAGGCACUAUAAUUUUACAGGUUAUGUGA